AUGCCACCCAUAGGAUCAUCUGAUCAAUUCAUUCACCAAAUUACACAGCAAUUUGUGUUUCAACGUUUAUGGACUGGAAAUGCAACAACCCCAGAGUUAGCACCAGCUUCAACCCCCUACAAUCGAUUGGUAUGCCGUAAUAAUACCGAUUUAUUCUAUGCAACUGGCAAUAUUGUUCGAUGCUGCACAAUUAGUCCCAAUCAUAAAAACUACAAGCUAUUUAAGGUUGAGAAUCAAUUCUAUGAAGUAGCUUCUUUGUUGAUGAAUAAAUCGGGUACCUUGUUAGCGAUCAUCGGAGAAGAGCAGGUCGAUGUUGUGUCAUUACCCACCAAUGUUAUGAAAAGUAGUGGUAUUUAUGUUGAUGGUGCAUCGUUCAAGAUUAAGAAUUUAAGAGGUAAGGUAAGAAAGUGUGUUUGGCAAACAGUUGCGGCAAACGAUUCAACAUUAGUAGUGUUGACUGAUAAUUCACAAAUCCAAGCUUAUGAUUUGACAAAAUCUUUGGAGGUCCCUGUGAUUGAUGUUGAUUUGAAAAGAUAUGCCAACUUUGCAAAUGAGGAAGCCAUUUCUAUUGCAUUUGGGUCGUCUAAAAAUUUAGCUGGUGGAUUGACUUUGUAUGUCUCAACAUUGUCAAACAUCUAUGCUAUUUAUCCAUUCAGUGCAAAAUUUGGUAAUUUGGCCACCACUAAAGAAGCAAUUGAUAUAGCUUUGGAAGAUACAAAAGCAGCUAUGGAGUUGAUUCAGGAAAAAUACCCUGUAAACUUAUUAGACACGGCAACUAGUACUUUGAAUAAAGCAGCUAUCCGACAAUUUGAGUAUUACCUGCAUUUCAAAUCCCAGUUAAGUGGCGCGUUACCAAUAAUUAAGGAAGUAAGAGACACUCAUACAAAUAAUCCAUACGAGCUUUUUGUUGUUAGUCAGACCUUAAGUGAUUGGACUGGUUACAGCUUACAAGGUCCCCUCAUUUCAAGUAAUGCUGGUAUAAAGGAUUUAGCUUCAAUUGGUGACAAUGAUUUAGUUAGUAUACUUGCUAGUAUUGAUGCUAAUGCUACAGUUACUUACUAUGCUCAACUUGCACCCAUGUUGAUGAAGUACAACAUAAUGAGUACAGCAAGUGAAGGUGCACCAAGUGAAUCAAGCCAAACAGUUUGCAAACCAAAGUAUGUUAAACCAAAAAGAGGAUUUGGUUUCAUAGACAACUCCGAGGAAGAGGAGAAAGCAUUGGUAAAACUGAAACAAUCACAGGAAAGCUUUUGGAAAGAAGAAUUGACAAGCUUGGAUCUUUUGCAAAGGGACAAGCUUCCAGUUGAUGAAAAUGAUGAUGCUACUGGCUUCCCAACUUUCUUUGGAGAAAUUGAUUCUAAUAGAUUCAGUGUUUGUGUGAAUUCCAACAAAUUGGUUUUAGUUGAUUGUUCUUGGGUGAAGACUUUUGUAGACGAUCUUAAAGAAGACAAAAUAGAUUCCGUAUCGAUCUCAACAAAUUAUGGUAUUGCCUCCACAGAAAAAGAACCCAUUACGGCAUUUGCAUAUAUAAAAGACGAUGUCACUUCUACUGGAGAAUACUUGACUGUUUGCAGAAGUAAACUUGUCAAUGACAUGGAAGUUAUCCAGAUUGUGGAUAAGGUAGUGAGCGAUCAGGAUGAAGCCACAAGCACUUUACUAUUGACAGAAGAGCCAUAUAAGGAAUUACCAUUAACAUACAUUCCAUCUAAACCUUUCAGUGAGUUGGAAGAAGAAUUAGAAAGUUUGGGGAAGAUCAAUAUUGGCGCUGAUGUUAAAGGCAAUGAGGAUUUGAAUAGUUUGACUGUUGAUAGUCUUUCAAGUUUGAACUCUUUAUCUGUGAGGACAAUUCAAGUUGCAUCCUCCUAUACAAUAUUUGGUAUUAAAUUGCAAUCAAGAAUUUUAGCCAAUUUGGAUUCUUUGAAGGAACAAUUACAUAUACUUGAAAAGGUUAAGAAUGAGUAUGAUGGAGAUCAAAAAGACCACACAGAAAAAUUGGAAAAGUUGACAGAGAAACAAGCAAAAUUAGAUGAACGUAUAAUAAAAUUACAGCAAAAGAUAUUUGAUGGUUUGAAUAAGUUCAAGCAAGACAAGACGUUGCCAAUAUCCGAGGCAGAAAGAAAUUGGUUCAAAGAAAUCAACUCUAUCAAUGCAUUAGUGAAUUCUUCUACAGAUAAUGAAGUCGGGUUGACAAAAAAGAUUGAGAAUUUAUCGUUACAAGUUCAUUCCAUUAUUGAAGAUAGUGGAAAGGAGAAGAAACCAAAAUUGACUGCUGUGGAACAGUUAGAAUUGGAAAAACGAUUAAGCAAAUUAAAGAACUGGUUACAGCGUGAAGACAAGUCUAUUGAAAUUUUAAAAGACAAACUUACUAAUUCAUUAAAAUUAAUAGGUGACAAAUAG